UAGUUAACUUCUCUGUUCUUUACUCACACUUUCAAAAUUCCACACUUUUUUUUUUCUUUUUUUUUUUUAAUUGUUUUUGAAAGAAAAUGUUUGAGCCGCAACAUUUCGUAGAUUUACAAGACAAUUCGGGUUUCGGAGACCCUAAAUCCUGGCUUUCGGUAGAUAAUAACUCGUCUCCGACUCACCUUCGAACUCAGUCGUCACUUACUCACUCGGCUUCCUCGAACGGCAAUGUGGAUCGCGUCCUUUACAAGGACCUGGUCGAGAUGAUACCCCUCGUUCAGUCUCUCAUCGAGCGGAAAGCAAACAGUUCAUUUACAAGGCGUGGUUCGAUGAUAUAUACCAAGACGCCUUCAAGGGAAUCCCUAUCCCGAAAAGCUGCUGAUAUAAAAGGAAGGAACACAGCUCAGUCCAUUCCAGUGAGAAAGAAAAAGGACCACAUAGACAAGAAUGGUACUAAAAACCAAGAUGGUGACAGCUACUCAAUCUUUUCUUCAAGGGCUUUGGCAGUAGAAAAAGAAAAUGAGGAGUUAGUUGCAUUGAGGGAACAACUGGAGGAUCUGCAAAGAAAGUUAGAGGUGAAAGAUGAGCUUCUGAAAUCAGCAGAGAUUUCAAGGAACCAGAUUAAUGAUGUUCAAGCAGAGCUUGAUAAACUGAAGCAACAUGCAGCUGAAAAGGACUCUUUAGUCAAGUCUAUUCAGCUGCAACUCUCUGAUGCCAAGAUUAAGCUUGCUGACAAGCAAGCUGCCUUGGAAAAGACACAGUGGGAGGCAAUGACGUCGAAGCAAAAGGUGGAGAAGCUGCAAAAUGAUAUAGACUCCAUGCAAGGAGAAUUUUCAUCAUUUAUGCUGUUAUUAAAUGGUUUGACAAAGAAUAAUCCCAGCACACGUGCUGAAGAUUAUGAAGUAGCACCAUAUUGUUUGGAUCAACUCCCUUAUAUAGAUGAUGUAGAUGACAAGGAGAUGCAGAAAAUGGAAGAAGCAACACAAGCUUAUGUUGCUGCUCUAGCUGCAGCCAAAGAGAAGCAAGAUGAAGCAUCCCUUGCUGCUGCAGCCAGUGCAAGGUUAUAUCUUCAAUCAUUUCUUUUCAGAUCAGAAGGUGUGGAAGAAAGCAAUAUAAAGAUUUCGUAAGCCUGAAGCGUUUCACACGAUCUCAUUAAUGUAUUGGCAUUAUCAGUUUAUGCUGUAGCACUAGCAUUAACCUUCUUGCUUUUUUUACUUGGUGGCUGCUUCUGUAACAUUUUCUUUUACCAUUAUAUAUGCCGUUAUUGUAUGUUUAUAUGGCUGUUUUCAAAUAUCUAGUAUAUGAAGGGGGUGCUUUUGUAUGAACAAGUAAAAAUCUCUUUGACGUUUUUGACUACAAUGGGUGUUGGAUACCAUUGCUAUCAUUGAUUGGCCGGCAAGGCAUCAUCUCUAAUUACUAUGGCUGCCUCUCCAUUUGGCUGCUCUUGAUGCAACUUUGCAUAUAUACCUGUAAUUCUCAUCCCAAAGCAGGGGCAUUAAAAAAAAUUUGGUUUUGACCAAAUUGAACGAGAGGAGAUCGUAACUGUUAUGAUUAUA